GAACACGCUCUCCACCACCCAGUUCUGAUGCGAGGCACGUGUUAGUUGUGUACGAGGAUCGGUUCGGCCAAAAAAUGUUGAAUUUCUUGUCACGAAGGAAAUUAUUUUGAUCAAUAAUAUGGUACUGAAUGUAAAUUAAUUCUGAUGAAGAUUAUUUAAAGACUUUUGAAAACUAUAAAUACAGAAAUUAUGAGUUUUGAUGGCAGUGUUAGGUCAAGCGAUGUGUGACCUCGACUUGACCUUUCGCAGGAAGAUCCAGAGAAAGAUUGUCAGCUUUUCUCGACUGCGGUACUCAUUGCUGCUAGUUUUUGGACGUAAAAAUCGUUAUUUAUUAAGUAUUUAGCUAUCUACAAAAUGUCAGUUGGUGUUCAUUUUAAAACAUGAGUUCCGAUCCACGUGCCAAGACAUUGUUGGCAGCUCUGAGUGAAGUUGAUAAUAACCCAGCAGCAUUGGGGUUCCUGCAGACUACUUUCACUGUUUUCAAUCAACAGUCUCCUUCACCGGCCGUAAGCAACCCUUCAACAAGAGCUUCAUCAUCAACAGAUGAAGAAGUUGAAGUGAUCAGCUCAGAUACAUCAAGUUCUUCUAGCUCUUCUGCACCAAAGUUUCAGCUAAUCGUGUCGCCUCAACAUCGUGACCCACAGACAUAUGACAGGACAAUUGCGAAAGCAAUUCCAAAGAAAGCAUCGACACCAGGCAAGGAGAGUGCUACAACUGCCAAUGAGAAGACUUGGAAUGGUACACAGGUACAGAAACAUGAAGUCAAGCACGAUGUACUGAGUGCAGGAGCUGACAGCAACACCCCAACUGGAAAAUUUGAGAAGGCUGGCUGGUGCCGAAAUGCAAUGAAUACCUCACCGCCCAAGGGUGGGGGUCGUGGAAGAGGUCAAGGCAGGGGAAGAGGGCAAGGAAGAGGGAGGGGCAGAGGGGAUCAUGGUAACCAAGGCAACCAAACCAGAGGAAGGGGGCGAGCUCUCCGAGGCAACGCAACAGGCUUGAAUAUGGCAGGGAGACAGCAACAGACAACUCCUGUUGCAACACAGCAAGUUGCUCAAGUAGCAGCGAGGAACUGGCGCUAUGCCAACAGCAAUUCAAGCUCCAAACCGCCUGUCCAAGAGCACGCCGUGUCAGUGUUAACCAUACCACACACCGCAGCUGCAACAAUCACUGCCACCGGCAACUGUGCAAACAACCAAUCCCAGAAUGUCAGCAGUGUUGCGAGCAACUGUUCCACCACCAUUCAAGGUGGCAAUAACUCUGUUGUUUCUUCCACCCAGUCGGUGGCAACGCUAUCCACACAACCCGAAGAUACUCCAGAGAAAAUGGAGGUUGUAGCACCUGAAAUAGGAGAAGAAGAAAAUGUAACUGCUGCACCUGCUGCAAAGUCAGAGAGUAAGGAGUCUUUCGAAUCAUGUGAGAUUAUAGACCAAGCUAGCUCUCCUAAAGAAGACCCAAUGGAAGCAUUGUGCUCAAACUGUGGGAUAUGGUCUAUGGAUGAUCGAUACUGUUUAUCCUGUCAAUGUGAUUUUACACAACGCAAGCCAAAGAAAACUCGCCCAAGGACUAUAGAGUUUAUUCCAGCCCCACGACAAACCUUCCGUAAAGGGACUUCAAAGAAAAUUGGAAAUUCGGUGUUGUUAUCACCAAUAGACUCUUCAUCAAAAGCUAGGUACAGCACAGGAACAACCUCACAUGGAACCGGCAUACUGUCUACGUCUAGUUCUACAAUGGCGAAGAUUUCGCAUGAGACUAGCGUAUCAAAUUCAAAACCCGCCUCUGGGACAAGUUCACAUAGCUUAUCUUUGAAGUCUACAACAGCGAUAAGUUCACAAGAGUCCGACACAUCAACAAAUCUUGGAUCUGCUCCAGUGACGAGUUCACACGAGUCAAGCAAAUCAUCUGACCCUGGUUCUGCAACUGCUGAGAACUCACAUGGGACAAGCCUAAUAAAAACAAGCACAGGGACCACAGGGAGUGAAAGUUCCCAAUCAAAUUUAGUGAGCAUCAAGACCUUCUCGUCAGCGUUUUCUGGAUUUUGUGUGAAGCCUCAUCCUACAACUAAGCAGAGAUACAUAAUUGUUAAAAAUCCAGAGGAGGAGACCAACCCCGUCUCGGUUUCAACCAGCUCGCCAUCCAUCAGUGCAAAGGCAUUCUACGUGAAUAAGAUAGCGGCGGUCAGCUCUGCGCCGCCCGUCAGCACGGGAGGCAUUGCUACGUCAGCUGCCGCGCCGACUGAUGCAAAGGAAAGUGGUGCCCAGAAUAAUAGGAAGAGAAGCCUGAAGUCAAAUGGAGGAAGAAGAACAUCUGCAAAACGAGCUCCGCCAAAGCGAAAGGAACCAGAAAUUGUCCUAAUAUCGGAUAGCGAAGACGAAGAAGAAAGUGCCAAACAAAAGCCUUCUGCUGCAGCUGCUUCCGAAGAUGCCACAGAAUCGGAUGAGGAGUUAGCCCGGUCUUUCAUGACGGUGAAAGCCAAGAUGAGGGACAAGAGAGGAGAUUUAGUGGGAAGAUCGGACACUCAAGGUGGCAAAGACUCUACCGAUGGUCAUCACUCUCUCCAGGGCGAUCCUAACUCUCUAAAUGUAGCCUUCAAUGUCUCGAUCCUCCGUUUUGGUUCAUGGCCUAUGCACGCGGUAGGGACUACGCUGAGACUCCCUGCUGUGUCAAUGACGCCUGAUGGCUUUCAUUUUCAUUUCCAACAAUCAACCCACAAAUGUGGUAAGAUUGAGCUGCUGGUAAAGGACAUUGAGAAAUGUGAUCAUUACCUGAGCGACGACGGCUUCUCAACGUUUUUCAUCAUGCCGACGCCUAACUUUUCUCAAGUUGUACGAUCCCGUCUCUCCAUGAAUCGCAAGGUAGUGCACUUUGAUCCUGGGAGUAAAGAGGAGUAUGAGAAGAUGGUUGUGAUUCGUUCUGCCCAGGAGCUACAUGUCCAUUCCUACAGGGAGAAGGUCCAAAAGGUGCUCGCCGCUAUGGCUGAAAAGAGUGAUAACUCUGGUAUGAGUUUGAAAUUUGAGCCAAUAGACAAGGCGAGGACCACUGCCCUCCUCGAAUCCUCAACGAGACCCGAGAUGAAGGGCACGGUCUUCAUUACAAGGCCAAACAACGGUUCCCAUGCAGCUACCCUCAAUUCAGCUGACCGUCCAGUUUCCAUUACCAUGCAGCAACUCGCCAGGGUAGGGAGUGGUCAGGGUGCAAUGGUCAAGACCAAAGCCAGCUCUGAUGACCAGUUUGAUAAUAAAUUAUUUGUGUAUCCACCACCACCCAAGUUUGGUGGAAUCACCGUGACAACAGAAGACAGAGACUGCCUUGAAGAAGGGGAAUUCCUGAAUGAUGUCAUCAUUGAUUUCUAUCUAAAAUACAUUGUGAUGGAGAAACUGAGUGAUGUGGACCGGGAGAGGACCCAUCUAUUCAGCUGUUUCUUCUACAAGCGAUUGCUGCAACAGGACACGCGAGGUAACAUCUCGCCGGACCUCAACGGACUCACCCCGAAGGAGAAACGACAUCAGAAGGUCAGGAAGUGGACUCGUCAUGUCGAUAUCUUUGCCAAAGACUUCAUCAUAAUUCCCAUCAAUGACUGUGCACAUUGGUUUGUUGCAAUCAUCUGUUUUGCUGGGGAUGUAAUCAACAUGAAGAAAGGAAACAGUAAAUCUCCAUCCCAAUCCCCCAGCCCAUCAUCGUCAAAUCAACCAUCACCGGCAUCAGCAGCAUCGCCUGCCACACCCUCCCCCGCCACUCCAUCACGGGCCACGCCCUCACCAUCAGAACAGCCAGCCAAUCAUAAUGUAGCCCUUAACCAAGCAGCCAAUCACGGGAACCCAGGUGUCCAAGCGCCAGCAUCUCAAAUUUCUCAAGGCUCAAAGUCACCUUUAGGACAGUCCACACAGACAGUGCAUGAUACCAGCCAAUCAGCCAAUCGGAUGGCAGAGGCUGCACAUGUCGGCCAGCAACCAGCCACUCAGGGAAGCAAUAGCACAAAUGAGGAGGAGCCAAUGGACACUUCAGAGAGUCCGGAUGAAAGGAUGGACGAUCAUGAAAGUGAAAGAACUACACGAGAGGUGAAAGACAAUGCAAGUGACCCUUCAGACAAUCCACUUAACAAGUCCUCAGGGAAGAGUACAGAAGCACUUAAAGCUUCAAACAGUACAUCAGUUUCAGAAAAGGUUACGUCAGACAGUGCAAUAUCAUCCAGCAAACCUCAUCCAAAGACCCAACCGACCCAGUCGCCAGCUGUCAACGGAGGGGCAGCUGCAGCCAAAGGACAUCUCCUGGACUUUGAUUAUCAGCAAUACCAUGUUGGAAAACAAAAGAACUUCAGGCAGCCAUGUAUCCUUGUCUUUGAUUCGUUGGCUGGGCCACCGAGGAGAAAUGUCAUUGCUAAACUGAGAGACUAUUUGACGAUAGAAUGGGAGAAAAAGAAAGGAGGAAAAUGUGAGUUUACUACUGCCAACAUGAAGGGCAUGAAUCCUAAGAUACCUCAACAGAAUAACUUCAGUGACUGUGGAUUGUAUGUCUGCCAGUAUGUAGAAACUUUCUUUGAGAAACCAAUCAGGAACUACCACUCACCAAUGAGAGGUCUCCAGAACUGGUUCCCAGAGGAGGUGGUCGCUCGGAAACGACAAGAGAUCUGUAACGCCAUCAAGGCACUCCACGAGGCUUACAAAGCAAGGAGGUGACAAGAAUCCAACCAUUCCUUGCCCCUUCAGCAUCCAAGGAAAGUCGUCCAACCAUGGUCAUUAAGAGAUUAGAGAAAAUAUUGCAUUUUGUAACAAAUGUGUAAUUGACUGUUGUGCACAACUAGAGGGUAAUUUAUUAAAUUUGUCAGCUUGGACAAUACCAGUGAAAUCCUUGAUUUUGAUUGGCUGAGAAGCAGAGGGGAGCAUUUCGUGAAAGGAUUUGUCAGACGUUUUAUCCUACAAGUCCUGUUUCAUCCAACAGUUUAACUACUCAAGUAGUGACAGUGCCCCUCAACCAAGCAGAAUCGAGGAAAGUUGUUGGAUCCAACAAUUUGUCAGAUGACAAUUGCUGAUGGAACACUCCUCUUGUCUCUGACUGUUCCUACAGUGACUGUCAACGACCUGUCACAAGCUUCAUUGAACAGUACCCGGGUCCUCAUCUUACAAGGAAUUCAGUUUGAUCCUAUCAAUCGCAACUAUGGAAAGCCACCAACACCAUUCCCUUGGAGUCCUGUAUUUAUUUACCCUGCUGACUACUGAAUUCAUUCCAUCAUUCCCAUAGGCUUUGCACUGGUACAAACUACUUCUGGGGCCCAUUUCAUAAAGAGUUACAACAGUUGCAACUUUGCCAUUAUGGCAACUACCAUGGCAACGGGGCUCAGCAGCCAAUCAAAAUCAAGGUUACCAUGGUAGUUGCCAUAAUGACAAAGUUGCAACUGUUGUAACUCUUUAUGGUGGGUGUUUCAUAAAGGUGUUCCUAAGUUAGGAAUGACUGGUGAACCUUUCUUUCAUGCUAAUUAAUCACCAAUGUACAUUUAAUGGUGAAUAUCAUUUACCACAAGAAAGGAUCACCAGUCUUUCUUAAAGUCACUCUUAACUUCUGGACAACUUUUCGAAAUGGCCCCCUGGAAGGCAGUGGCUUGUAAUGUUUUCCAAAUCAGUCAUACAACCAUUUAUUUUGACCAAUCAGCACCUUACUUUUUGUGUAUGAAGAAAAAGAGCAAGCACAUUGUUCUAGAUAAAGAAUCGUGACACUCUAGCUAUUCAUACUUGAGAUCGAGUGGGCCAAUCCCAACUUGUUGUAAGACAGGGCUCAGUUAUGCCAUAUAGGAGCAUAACGAUACACAUGGAAACGCCGCAGCUUUUAGUUUUCGCUAUGCCUCGAUUUUCAAAAAUUCAAUUUCCAUUUACAAUUGUUACAAUCAUUAUGUGGAUUAUACUCUUUAAGGGCCAUCCCUAUUUCUUUUUAUAUUCAGUUUGUCUCCACGAAAUUAAUGAACAAAUUGAUUGUGUGUUCUAACUGAUGUGAAAUAUACGCUAUUACUCCUUUAUCUUUAUUCCUGUGGAAGUAAUUUCCAUGGAGGUAAAUCUCUUGACGAACCCUUUAAGAAAUGAAUAACAAAACCCUUCAUAACUAAUGCGUAAGGAAAUUGUCCAUCUUAAUCCUGAAAAUCAUACUUCUCGUGAGGAAUUUGAAAGGUCCACAAAGAAAGUUUGUGAUAUGAGUCAUUGUCACUCUAAUUGCAAUUUUUGGUAUUGAUAUAUAAUCCAAUCAUCACAAUUCAUCUCGUCUUAAUGCAAAAUUCUAAAAAGAAAUGGAAACGCUUAUUAUUAAAUGUAAUGUUUAGUUAAUUAGAUCUUAUGAUAUAUGAAAUUGAUCAGCUGUGUUGUGAGUCAGAAUAGUUUUAGCCCCUUCCUCAUGUGACCUCGAAUCAUCUUCACCCCCUCCUUCCCUCCUUAUAGUUAAACCAAUAAUAUAUAGCAUUUCAUAGAUAAGUAUCAGCUAAAUAUGAGAUGAAAAAUGAUAAUAGAAAUAUAAGAGGUCAUAUAUUUGAGAAUUAAUGAAAUGCAAUUCAUUUUAGUUAACUUGGUAUGACUUGAUUACUCAUUCUACUCAGUAAAAAAAAUAUUGUAUUAAAUUGAGUUUGGUUUCUGUCAUAAUGAUUUAGUGGCAAGAUGUUUUGAAAUGUAUUGUUAGGAAUUGAAAUUUGAAUCAUGGAUUUAUGAGUUUAAGGGUGAAACUUCACCUGAUGAAUAAAUAGUGAUACUUUCAUUGAAUUCCCUAUUUUGUGACAUUGCUGAUAUUGCAAAAAAAAAGAAAUCCCACACCCAGACCUGUGGUCUAAUAUAUUUUUGGUCAGCUUUGUAUUCCAGUGAGAUACAAGUAAAGAGUUCCAAUUUUCACAUAAGUAAUCAUCUUGUGACAAUCAAUACAUUUUUUUGAAAUCUUCAAAUUGGCAAUGAAUUGCACGGCUCAAAAUCAUCAGAUUGAGACAUUAAUUUAUCUUUUUACAAUAUGAUAUUCUUCUUCUUCUCGCUUAGAAUAAUACUCAAUAUUUAAUUUAAUUAAUUAUGACGAGUUUUGUUUAUUUAUCACAAUGUUAGAGAGUAGUCUUGUGCAGUUAUUCAACUGCCUCACAAAUUAAUCACCCAAAUAUAACAAUGUAGAGUAAUAAUAAAUGUAUUUAAUAAAUCCACUCAUGGAAAAAUAGUUGUUGAAAUCCAUGCUCAGUACAGUCAGUAUGCAUAUAUUAUUUACAGGGUUUCUUCAUGUAGGCUACGGGAACUGUAUUCCACUGAUAGAGCGCAGUAAGUGUCACAAGGUCAUUGAACGUCAUAGGAGCCAAAUGUUGUGGAGGUUGGGAAAAUACCCAUAUUCUGAACUCUAUGUAAGCCAUUGUUGAACUUUUUGCCAAAAUCAUGGAACGCCAAAAUUAUGAAAACUGGUUUGCUGUAUGAUUUCUUACAUUUACUGUUGUCAUUUGUAAUACUUUAAUAAUAAGAAUCUUAUCUUAUAUAGUGCUUUUAUGAGAUCCAUAUCAAAGCACUUGAUUGUGUAGAAUAUUUGAAAUGUACAAACAAAAGUGAAUUAGAAAUUAUAUAACAAAAAAUAUCAAAAACUUUUUAAUGUUUGCCGAAAAAUAAUGUACAAAAGAUUCCUUGACAGCUUGUAAUAAUUUGAAUUCCAAAAUGAACUGAUAACUAUAAAACAUCUAUCUAUAAAAUCAAGGUUUGUGUCUCAUUUGGUUUUCCAUAGUUAAAUGUGGGCCAAUAUGCUCUUCAAGCCUUUGCAGUUUAUCUAUUCUUCAUUGCGCAGAUGGUAAUUAAUAUGUAUCAAAGUUUGCAACUUGAUAGAUUUAGAAUCAAAAUUACUUUGCAUCCCUUUUUUCAAAUGAAAAAAAAAACUCUAGGAAAUUUGCUUGUAGUUGACUUCGGUUUCAGGCAAGACUAAUGUCAAUGAAGCAGAUUUACAAGCAAAGAACCACAGACAGAGUACUUUAGACUUGUCUACCACAGUGCGUUACCAGUAUUUAGGAUCCUGUAUUUAAUCAUGGUCACACUUGAUUGUUUGGAAUACUUUUGCAGUGAAUAUUUAUUGCAAUCUAAUUUAUCUUCAUUGGAAUCUUUGCAUUCUGCAAUCAAUUGCCAGUUUUAUUUCUAUAUUGGCAGAGUUAUUUUACCACUCACUUUAAUGGUUAAAAACCUAAUGGUCGUUGAGUGUUUGAAAAUUCAGUUCAACUGUCUAUUGUGUAUAAUAAUAUAUGAAAAGUCCCACCAUGAAAACCCCUUGUGAAUGUCUGGUAUAAUUAAUUCUACGAUGAAAAAAAAAAUGUAUUCAUAAUUAUAGUCUUUAGAAUUUGUUGUAUUUUGUUGUACUUUAUAAGAUAUACAUGGAUAUAAUUUAACAUGAUCUGUAAAGCAAGUCUGUAGAUUGGAGCUUUGAUGAUAAGAAAAAGAAGAUACCAGUCAUAAAUACUGUAUGUUAUUGAGUCCAGAAAGAAAUUUGUACUCGGAGUACAUGUAUGUUUUAAGUUAUUAAAUUUUAUUCUGAAUGCUUUUUAAUUUAA